AUGGACACGGAAAAUAGAAGCAGAACGGAUCUUGCUCUCCCAAACCCACAAGGGCCCACCAGUGCCCCUGAAAUAGAACUUUCAGAAAUAUCUCUCCGUGAAAAUGUCUUACUGGAAAGGCCUGCCCCAUCCCCACCAAAGCAAACGUGGCUGACUUUUUUGAAGAAGGAGCUGGAAUUCCUGGGGGUAACACAAAUUCUGAUUAGUUUGAUAUACCUUUAUUUUGGAAUAAUUGUCUACUCCGUGUUCAAUAAUUCAGAAUUAAAGGAAAAAUAUUUUUCAUCAUUUGCAGCAGGGUACCCAUUCUGGGGAGCGGUAUUUUUUGCUAUUUCUGGAUUUUUGUCGGUUAUGUCUGAAAAGAAACAUACAACAUAUCUGAUACGAGGAAGUCUGGGAGCAAACACUGUCAGCAGCAUAGCUGCAGCAAUAGGCAUCAUCAUCCUCAUCAUUAACCUAAAGAAGAGCUUGACUAAUAUCUACAAUUGCCAGAUUUAUGGAGACAACACCUGCUCUGUGGCUUCUUUUUCCACUGAAAUUGUGGCCAUGGUCCUGUUUCUCACCAUUCUGGGGUUUUGCAGUGCUGUGUCACUUACAGUCUAUGGGAUUGGAGAAGUAAUUGAAGGAAAUAAGAUUCCAGAAGAUAGACUUUAUGAAGAAGUACACAUCUAUGCACCAAUUUACAGUGAGUUGGAAGACAGAAGGGAGUCAGCUUCUCCCACUGCUUCAUAAGAAUCGUGUCCAGAACAUUCUGAUUCACAGCAAAGGAUCUAGAAAGCCAAGAUCUUUGU